CUCCAAAAUCUACUGAACAGACUAUGACUAACAGUGUUAUCAGCCUUAACAGUCCUCACCAUGGACAGGACACAGUAAAUGGAGAGUUACCGGAGGACUCUCAGAGCCCCAAAAAGAAACACUCUCCUUUAAUUAGUCACAAACCAAGUCUACAGACCAUACCAUCCAUGUCUGUUUCCAUAUACCCCAGUUCAACAGAGGUUUUAAAAGCUUGUCGGAAUCUGGGUAAAAAUGGGUUAUCAAACAGUAGCAUCAUACUGGAUAAGUGCCCUCCACCACGGCCACCUCCGCCUCCUUACCCACCAUUACCAACAGACAAAUUAAAUCCACCAACACCAAGCAUUUAUUUGGAGAAUAAACGUGAUGCAUUCUUCCCUCCUUUACAUCAAUUCUGCACCAAUCCUAAUAAUCCUGUUACUGUCAUACGAGGCCUUGCUGGAGCUCUUAAAUUAGAUCUAGGACUUUUUUCUACAAAGACACUAGUAGAAGCAAAUAAUGAACAUAUGGUUGAAGUAAGGACACAAUUGUUUCAACCUGCAGAUGAAAACUGGGAUCCAACUGGAACAAAGAAAAUAUGGCGUUGUGAAAGCAGUCGAUCUCAUACCACCAUUGCAAAAUAUGCACAGUAUCAAGCUGCUUCAUUCCAGGAAUCAUUACGAGAGGAAAAUGAAAAAAAAAGUCACCACAAGGACCACUCGGAUAGCGAAUCUACAUCGUCAGAUAAUUCUGGUAGGAGGAGAAAAGGACCGUUCAAAACAAUUAAAUUUGGGACCAAUAUUGAUUUGUCUGAUGAAAAAAAGUGGAAGCUGCAACUCCAUGAAUUGACCAAACUUCCAGCCUUUGCACGUGUUGUUUCAGCUGGAAAUCUCCUUAGUCAUAUAGGUCAUACAAUCCUUGGAAUGAACACUGUUCAGCUAUACAUGAAGGUUCCGGGCAGCAGAACACCAGGUCACCAAGAAAACAACAAUUUAUGUUCUGUCAAUAUUAACAUUGGUCCUGGUGACUGUGAAUGGUUUGUUGUCCCAGAAUCAUACUGGAGUGUAAUGAAUGACUUUUGUGAAAAAAAUAAUAUAAACUUCCUGCUGGGUUCCUGGUGGCCUAAUCUUGAAGACUUGUAUGAAGCAAAUGUGCCAGUUUACAGGUUUAUUCAAAGGCCGGGUGACUUAGUUUGGAUAAAUGCUGGUACAGUCCACUGGGUGCAAGCAAUUGGUUGGUGCAAUAACAUUGCAUGGAAUGUUGGUCCUUUAACAGCUUUCCAAUACAAACUGGCUGUAGAACGGUACGAGUGGAACAAGUUACAAUGUGUAAAAUCAAUAGUACCAAUGGUUCAUCUCUCUUGGAAUAUGGCAAGGAAUAUCAAGGUCUCCGAUCCAAAGCUUUUUGAAAUGAUUAAAUACUGUUUACUGCGGACACUGAAACAGUGCCAGGCAUUAAGAGAAGCUCUUGUUGCUACGGGGAAAGAGAUUUUGUGGCAUGGUCGAACAAAAGAUGAGCCUGCACAUUACUGUUGUGUUUGUGAGGUGGAAGUUUUUGAUCUGCUUUUUGUUACAAAUGAAAGCAACUCUCGGAAGACCUACAUAGUACAUUGCCAUGACUGCUCACGAAAGACAUGUUCAAACCUGGAAAAUUUUGUGGUGCUAGAACAGUACAGAAUUGAGGAUCUAAUGCAAAUAUAUGACUUGUUUACAUUAGCUCCUCCAAUGCCUUCACCAUCAUCUUGACGUUUUCCGUAAACUGUAAAGAACAGCGUUUCUGACAUUCAGGAAGUAACACAGCUCAGCACCACUUUUUUCAUUUUUUUUCCAUUUUUUUUUUCUGCCUGCCCUUAAAGUAACUUUUUUGUUAAAUAGCUGUUCCACAAAGCUGUUGGCUGAAAGCUGCGUCUAUGCAACCUUCCAAGUGCGGAGUGUCAACCACCUGGAUAGGAAAAAUACUCCUAACCCAGAACUUAUCUAUAAAUAAUACUGGUCCAGCUGUUCAUAAAAAAUAUAAUCCAUGUUUUGUAUAUAUUUGACAAAACUGGCAGCAUUAUACAGACUACUGACUUGAAAAUCACAUAUUUUCUCCACGUUUGGGCUGAAAAUGUUUCUUUCAUUUCCAUAUAUCAUCCCUUUUCCAGUUUCCUUUGGAUUGAGUAUUAAUUUAGAUGGUUGUCUUUGUAAGAUAGAAAUGUUUGGGCAGUUUUUUUAAUGUGAAAAGUAAGAAUUUUUGUUUUUUCUUUUUCACCCUUUUUUUUCUUUGAAACUUUUCUGUUUUGUUUUGAAAACCAUGAUGGUUACAAUUUCAGUUUCUUAAAAAAAAGAAAAGAAAAAAAAAAGAUAUAAAAAUAAACUUAACAGCCAAGUCACAAAGAUAAAUGGGUUGCACAUAGACUAAGGAAUAAACUUCAGAUUUGUGAUUUUUGUUUCUAAUCUUGAUGUAAAUUUACACUAUUUAUAAAUACAUAUUUAUUGCUUGAAGAUAUUUGUGAAUGGAAUGCUGUUAUUUUUUCCAGAUUACCUGCCAUUGAAAUUUUAGGAGUUCUGUCAUUUGAAACACUACUCCUGUUACAUUUUCUAUGUGUAAAUAAAACUGCUUAGCAUUGUACAGAAACUUUUAUUAAAAUUGUUUAAUGUUUAAAGCGUUUUUCUGUUUGCAUUUUACCAGAAUCAAUGUACAGUGCUUAGUCUUUUAUUCAUGUUCAAAUUUAACUUACAAAUAUAUUUAUAUAUACACUUGUGUGUAUAUAUGUAUAUAGAUAUCAAAUAUUGUGUGGGGAAAAUAAAUCUACAUUUUUAUAUAAGGUCUAUAUCACUAGUAGAUAUGAGGUGUCUACUGUAAGUAUUGCUUACAAAUUUUUUAAAAAUAUAUAAUAUGUGAUCAUGAUCUGCAGUGUCCUUCAAAUUUGUUUUUUAUGUUAAAUGGUAAAUGAUGCAAUAAAACAAAAAUAAUUUGUUAAGCUCUAUUUCAAAUAAGUGCAAUGGUUGUCCAUGAAAUUUAAGCGUAGUUUGAUCAUUAUGAAUGGUUUAGAUCAAACUGAAAAUGUAUUGGUUAUCUGUAAGUAUAUCAAAACAUUCCAAAAUACUUUUGAAAACGGGGCAGGUGGCUUAUCGGAAAGGACUUUACAAGCUAUUCCCUAUAUUUUAUAAAGUUCAUGCCAAAGAAGAGAUUGUGUUCAAUUGCAAUGUUAAGAUAAACAUGAAACUGUUUAUUUUUGUCAUUAUUUAAUUGCUUUGACAAUUAAAGCUAAUAACAAGUCAUAA